GCCGACUUAAAUAAGAAUUUACAAAGUUAUUUAUCCAGAUCUUCCAGUACUCAGCCUCUGAUCGAUGGAUCGUCGGGAAAACCGACGUCCAGGAUGCCAGGAAUGGCAUGGUUCAGAAAACCUCCUACUGAGGAAGAUAUGAUGUCAAAUGAAUCAGCAAAUGCCUGGUUUCAGCAAGCCCAGAACGACCCGCUUCUUCCGAGUUUGGGCAAACAACAGAGAAUCAUUGGUUUUAUUGUUUGUUUAUUAAUGGGUACUUUUUGUUUUUCACUGGCUGGACUAUAUCUGCCAAUGUUAGCAUUUAAAGCUAGAAAAUUUGCUGCCUUGUACACCUUAGGAAGUAUUUUUGUCAUUUCAUCGUUUUCAUUUUUAUGGGGCCCAGUUCACCACGUAAAGCAUCUAUUUUCUGGUCCCAGAUUACCAUUUACUAUAGCUUAUUUUGGUACUAUGUUUGCAACAUUAUAUUUUUCUUUAUGGGUUCAUAAGACAUUAUUUACAAUCAUAUUUGCAUUUGCCCAAAUAAUAGCUUUAGUGUGGUAUUUUGUGAGCUACAUACCAGGAGGACAAACAGGACUGAAAUUUUUUACUAAAGUAUUCUACGCAGCCGCAUCAAAGACAGUAAAUGCAACACUACCAGUGUGAUGAUAAGUCUUGCAUUUCUGGAAAGGAAAUGUAUUGUGAUAUUAUUGUAUAAAGAUGAGUUUUAUCAUGUAUUUGAAAGCUCAAAUGGGGACACAAUUCAAAGCAUAAGCAUAUUCAGGAUUGUGAGUAGAUUUUGAUGUUCUGUGUAUAAUAAUGAAAAAAGGAAUUGUAUAUAAUGAUUAAAUUAUUGUAAUUGUUUCUAUAAAAUGUAUAAUCAUGAUGAUGGUGAUAAAAUAGUAUUAUUUU